CGCUAGCCCUUCCUCCCUCCUGGAGUCCCUGUGUCAUGCCUCUCCCGGUAGCACCUUACUGCUGGGUAUGAAGAGGUUGUCUGUGCAGCUGGUGGACUGCAGGAAAACAACGGGGCUGAGUGGAACUGUGAGAGGAGGAGAAGAGAAGAAAGGAUCAGAUUUGACACAUCAAAGAGAAAGACCAGACUCAGAGGAACCAGGGACGUCCAAACCAACAAGAAGACACCAAUGUUCCCACUGUGGAAAGUGUUUUAACCAGUUAACUGACCUGUACCGACAUGAGAGAAUACACACAGGGGAGAAAUCUUACCACUGCUCGCAGUGUGGAAAGAGUUUUAACCGGUCAGGGGAUCUGAAAAAACACGAGAGAAUACACACAGGGGAGAAGCCUUACCACUGCUCCCAAUGUGGCAAGUGUUUUAACCGGUUAGGGAACCUGAAAAAACACAAGAGAAUACACACAGGUGAGAAGCCUUACCACUGCUCCCAGUGUGGAAAAAGUUUUAACCAGUUAAACAACUUAAAAGUUCAUGAGAUGAUACACACAGUGGAGAAGCCUUACCACUGCUCCCAGUGUGGCAAGUGUUUUAACCAGUUUGGGAACCUGAAAACACACGAGAGAAUACACACAGGUGAGAAGCCUUACCACUGCUCCCAGUGUGGAAAGUGUUUCAACUGGUCUCGUGAUCUAAAAAAACAUGAGAGAAUACACACAGGGGAAAUGCCUUACCACUGCUCCCAGUGUAGAAAGAGUUUUAGCCGUUUAAGGAACUUGAAAGUCCAUGAGCUAAUACACACAGGGGAGAAGCCUUACCACUGCUCCCAGUGUGGCAAGUGUUUUAACCAGUUUUGGAACAUGAAAAAACACGAGAGAAUACACACAGGUGAGAAGCCUUACCACUGCUCCCAGUGUGGAAAGUGUUUCAACUGGUCAUGGGAUCUAAAAAUACACGAGAGAAUACACACAGGGGAAAUGCCUUACCACUGCUCCCAGUGUGGAAAGAGUUAUAGCCAUUUAAGGAACUUGAAAGCUCAUGAGAGAAUACACACAGGGGAGAAGCCUUACCACUGCUCCCAGUGUGAAAAGUGUUACAACCGGUCAGGGGAUCUGAAAAAACAUGAGAGAAUACACACAGGGGAGAAGCCUUACCACUGCUCCCGGUGUGGAAUGAGUUGGAAGGAGUUCAAACCAGAAAAGCAACCUCAACCAACAUGAGAUAAUACACAAUGGGGAGAAGCACACAAGAUACCACAGGAAAACUUAUUUGAUCAGAGGUUAGUUUGUUUAAUAAGGAUUGCGCCCCGGAGUUUACACUCAGAAAUUUGCAAGCAAGACACUCAGUUCAAAAGAUGGUGUUUUCCCUUUUAUCCCCUACUGAGGAUCACCCCGCCCAGGGUGAUGUCCCUUAACUUUAAUACCAUAUAAGCUCAUAAUUAAUAGUUGCUAAUACAAAGAUGUCUCUGCUAGGCGGAGUUCAGCUUAUUGCGUUAUUGGCAGUUAGUUUCCCAAUCACUCUUCCCCUUAUUGCUAUCAUGUCAGACUGGAAGUAAGACUGGAACAUAGUAUCAACAGGAACUCUUAGUUCCCUUUAUCCAUCUGUUACCUAAAAUAUAGUUUCUACACACAGACAUUGACUUUGUACAGUUGACCUUUUCAUGCACUUGCAAGGUGUCAACCACUGAUUCUUAAUCUCAAGUUAAAGCAACACAAGAAUCAUUGUACUUUUGUCAUCACAGGUGUUCCUAUAAUGUACAGAUAUCAUCCAAGUUCUUACAAGUCAACUUACACACAGCUCUGACACACACACUUAUCCCACCAGACAUGCCACCGGGGGUCUUUUCACAGUCCCCAAGUUUCCAGAACAAAUUCAAGAAAGCGUACAGUAUUAUAUAGGGCCCUUAUUGCAUGGAACUUCCUUCCAUCUCAUAUUGCUCAAAUAAACAGCAAACCUGGUUUCAAAAACAGACCAAGCAACACCUCACGGCACAACCCCUCUCCCCUAUUUGACCGAGGUAGUUUGUGUGUAUGCAUUGAUAUGUAGGCUACGUGUGCCUUUUACAAAAUGUAUGUAGUUCUGUCCUUGAGCUGUUCUUGUCUAUUGAUGUGCUGUAUUAUGUGUCAUGUUUUGUGUGGACCCCAGGAAGAGUAGCUGCUGCUUUUGCAACAGCUAAUGGGGAUCCUAAUAAAAUACCAAACUCUGUUAUUCUCUCUGAGCUCAGAAAUAAAGAAUCUUGGUUUGA